AUGUCUGGAUACUACCACAUGCCACUCCAGGGCCAGCAUGACCAGCAACAUGCUGAGCCGUCUGCCUUUCGACCUUCCCGAGCAGAGGACUGGGAACCAUACCGAGACAUCAUUGCACAUCUCUACAACACGAUGAAGCUCAAGGAUGUCAUGACCGAGAUGCAGAUGACAUACAACUUCAAAGCAACUGAGAAGCAGUACAAGACUCAGUUGAAGAAGUGGAACCUUGAUACCAAGUACAUCAAGGCAUCCGAGUACAUGGCCAUGCUUCAGAUCAUGCGUGAGCGGGAGGCCCAGGACCCAUCCAAGCAGACACGCUUCAUUCUUCGCGGGAGACCAGUAGAUCCCAAGGAUAUUGCUCGGUUUGAGAAGCGGCAUCAGAAGAAAGGGACCCUGAAGGAAGGGGAGCUGGCAGAGCUUCAGGGUAGGCAAAAUCUACCGUUCUUCACACAUGACCAUCAACUAAUAUAUCAACCACAGAACCUGUCGAGGACCUCAUCUAUCACACUCCUUCUCCUGAGCCAACAGGAUAUGCAUACACUGCAACCUCCGACUACGGGUCAACCUCUUCGUAUGCAACCACUUCCGCAUACGACACUUCCUCGCAAUACGCCUAUAGCUACGGCAUGUGACCCGAGCAAUGCAUCUACGACCACGCAAGGUGGCUUUCUACCCGAAUAUUUUGACGACGAGGUGCAACCCGCAGAUGGGGGCGCAUCGUCGAUUUCCUUUUUUCAGCAAUAG